AAGUGACUUUGGUUGUUUUAAAGAUGGCGCCGGUUCCUGAACUUGCGGACAGCUCGGUGUUUUCGGUGUUUUCGGUGUUUUUGGUGUUUUCCGCCGUUAAUCCCGAGCAGAGCGCUCCGGUGUGGGUGUGAUGAGGAGCCGGUUACCGGGCAGAGUUACCGGAUGCUUCGUGUGAACCGGUCGGUGGUUUUAUCGCUGCUGAUCAUCAGCAGCUCGGUGUUUCUACUGUUCCAGCUCCAUUACUACCGGAAAUACGUCAGCAAGGCUGGCCCUCACAUCCUGAGCCGAACAGGUCACCUGACCGCCAGCGACGUCCAAUGGCAAACGGUGAAGAAGUUUCUGGGGUUAGCUCAGCGCUUCAGGCUGCCGCUGUUCCUCGCCGACACCGCCGCGCUGACGCUGCUCUCCCAUGAUGCUCUGCGGCAGCGUGACCGACUGGUGCGUGAGCCGCACUGCAGCUUCCUGUGCACCGGCCGGCCAGUCACGUCCUUUGCUCUGCACGCCAACCUGUGGAAGUACGAGCCCGCCUUCCUAUUGGCUGUCGAGGAGAAAGGCUUCGAGAAGCUGGAGCUGCGAGGGGAGGACCCGCGAUUGGCCAGUCUGGACACCCUAUCGGGCGAGGAGAUCCCCCUCCACUUCCUGUUCCGCCUCCACGGUUACAUCAUUCAGGUGGUGUUCCUGUAUGAGCGUAGCGGGAACUACCUGUGGCACGGAGCGCUGCGCCUCAAAGCCAACGUGGACCGAAGCUUCGCUCCCUUCAAGCUGCUCGACUACGGACGCCACGCUGGAGCUUACGACAGGCCGGAGUUGCUCCUGACGGUCCUGGACGGCCUCGACGUUCGAAUCCCGCGCAACGUUUCCCGUUUUCUGUCCGAGCAGCAACACGCUCGCUAUCUGGAGUGCCAUUACCGUGACGCCCGCAACUUCCUGCAGCUCUACCCUGAUGACUCGUCUCCGGAGGCGGUGGAUUUUCGGAGGAAAGUGAAGAAGUUGCUUCAUUUGGCAGCUCGAACACUCACUCAACUGGACAUCCCCUUCUGGCUGAGCAGCGGCACCUGUCUGGGCUGGUUCAGGCAGUGCAGCGUCAUCUCGUACAGUCGCGACGUCGACAUCGGCAUUUUCAUCGUGGACUUCAGGUCGGACAUCAUCGCGGCGUUCAGGGACGCCGGACUGUCGCUCAAACACAAGUUUGGAAAGGUGGAGGACAGUCUGGAACUUUCCUUUUUGAGCGACAACGUCAAACUGGACGUUUUCUUUUUCUACGAGGACGGAGACAUCGCGUGGAACGGAGGAACGCAGGCGAAGAGCGGCAAGAAGUUCAAGUAUGUCUUCCCUCGUUUCACGCUGUGCUGGGCCGAGCUUCUGGAGCUGAAAGUUCGCGUUCCGUGCCAAACGCUCGACUACGUGACGGCGAACUACGGCGCCACCUGGAGCGUCCCGGUGAGGAGCUGGGACUGGAAGUCGUCGCCUAGCAACGUGCAGGAAAAUGGGGUGUGGCCUCCGGCGGAGUGGGCGGAGCUUAUUCAAGUCUACUGAGAGGAAACGAAACACUGAAACUACAAAUAAAGACAAAGUGAAAACAAACAGCUGAUUUAUUUCUAUCUGGAAACUUUCUGCAUUGUCAAAACCUUUUGUCACGGUAUCUGUAAUGUCCUCUGUAUAACCACCAUGUUUAUUUAUGUAUUCAUUUCCUUUAUUAUGAAAACAAAAGAUAAACACAAAAAAAGACCCUUUUAUUAAUUUAAAAUCUGCCACUAAAAUCAUGAAUGUAAUAUAAUAACAUUACAUGAUAUUAAAGUUAUUAUCACAGGUG